AUGCCCAAUAAAGACAUUGCAGCAUGGAAUGCUUUGCUCACGGCAUAUGCUCAGAAUGGAAAUCUACACAAAGCAUCUCAAGUAUUUAAUAGCAUGCCUUAUGUAAACACAGUUUCAUGGGCUGUAAUGCUGACCGCACUUGCCAAAGCCGGGCAUCUAGUAGAGGCACGAAAGAUGCUCAAGGACAACCCAGAUUCAAAUCUUGUGGCAUGGACCGCCAUGCUCAAGGCAUAUUCCCGGAAUGGCCUGCUGGUGCAGGCUGCCGCUGUGUUUGAGCGCUUGCCGCUACGUGACUUGAUCGCCUGGAACGCAAUGCUCUCGGCAUUAUUCCAGAAUCGGCAUCUAGAGGAAUGUUCCCACUUCUUCUUUGUGGAAAUGCCAGAGCACGACCUCGUCUCGUGCACGAUUGUUCUUGCAGCUCUCACAGAAAAUGGAGAGAUUGAAAAGGCAAAGUCCCUGUUUGCGACUCUUCCAGAGAGAAACAUCUUUGCACAUAAUGCCAUGAUCUCCGCAUAUUCAGCGGGAUUGCAUCUACGAAAUGCCCAAGAGAUCUUCAGAUCCAUGCCUGUUAUUGAUCUCGUCACUCUCAAUACGAUGCUCACUAGCUUUUCUGCCGCAGGAGAAAUCGAUCAGGCUAGAGCACUCUUUGAUCAAAUGCCAGCAAGCGAUCUGGUUUCAUGGACUACGAUCCUAGCACUGUAUGCCCAGAACGGGCAUAUUGAAGAAUCUCAAAGAAUCUUUACUAGAAUGCCACAGUACGAUCAGAUCGCUUGGAACGCAAUUCUUGCGACGUAUGCUGAUCACCGCCAACUUGAUUACACCUCUUAUUUCUUCUGGAAAAUGCCGGUGAGAAACACUGCCUCUUGGAACACAUUCCUUGCAGCAAAUGCCAAGAGUGGGGCAUAUUCGCAAACGGUGUCUCUUUUCCAGGCAAUGCCCGAGCAGAAUCUCAUCUCGUGGAGCUCGAGGCUCGCCGCAUGCACACGACGAAGGGCAUAUUCCAUGGAGGCACUGCGAAUCUUUCACGCAAUGGAGAUGUUUCACUCGCCGGACGUGGCGUGCUUCACGUCGGUUCUCAUCUGUUGCAGCCAUGGAGGCAAAUUGGAGCUCGCCCGUGGCUUGUUUGUGUCGAUGAGCUUGGACUUUGGAAUCGCUCCUUGCGAGCAGCACUACUGCUGCCUCGUAGAUCUUCUGGGCCGUGCUGGGUUUUUGCUCGACGCGAGAGAUCUCGUCACAAGCAUGCCUUUUGUUCCCAGGCUUCUCAGCAUGACUUGCUUCCUGGCUGCUUGUAGAAGCCACAGGAACGUCGAGCAAGGUGCUCUAGCUGCGAAGCUUGUGAUUCGUGAGAGUGUGAGAGAUAGCUGUGGCUAUGCAUUGCUUGCCAACGUUUACUCUGUGUAG